CAAUAGCAGCGGUCAAAAGUUGAACUAUGUAAACACGAACGAGUUUUUUCGGAACACAUACACAGUAGCGACAUCGUUAGCUGCACGUUUAAGUUGGCAACGUUGUGACGCAUCUACCGCACUAAGCACUCAUAAAUCGGUUGUUCAUAUAUAAGCAAGACCUUUAGUCGAGUUGCGUUCAUUCAAUCCCUCCUAUACUUACCUACACGCUAUUUCGUAACAUUGACUUGCUGUUGCUAAUAUUUAAUAUUUAGUCGCCGCUCGUGAGCUCACCGAUAUACAAGCAUCAAAAUGGGAUUAAAAUUGACUCCUACGAUUGUUGUUCUGGCCUUAUCAAUUUGUUUAGUGCAUAUCGCGGUCGCGAAGCCAAGAACGGUUCAGAGAGGAGAUGAAGUGAUACCGUUAGACCAGUCCGUUGUAGCAAGUUUGCCUGAAAAAACUACGAUUAACCCAUCUGUAACAGAAACCAAAAUUCCUAGUCGCCGUGUACCCUGCCAGUUCGACGAACCCACUGAAGAAGCCGUCUGCCAGGAGCACUGCAUGCCAAAAGGAUACUCAUACGGCCUCUGUGUCUCCUAUACCUGCAGUUGCAUUUAAAUGGAAAAUAACAAACCAUGACUGUGAUGCUGAUGCAUAGUGAUGCAACAUUAACGCAGAAGAGGAAAUUAAUAUAGACUUUCAAUUAACAUUGUACACGGAAACAAAAGAAUAGGUUUGUUUUACUACCUAAUUGUGAUUGUGAUUCAUUGCGUUUAGCAAGUUGAUAUAAUACAUUUACAUAAGACUGUA